AACAGACCUGCUCCCUGCUGCCCUGUGCUCAGUGAGUUUCCAUUUCUGCCUUUACUUCUGUUGAGAACGAACUCUGCUUUCACCAUCAUUCACUUGUUAGUAACAGCUGCCACACACAAGGAAUCAUGGUCCAAGCCAAGACGUGGAUCCUGACCAAGCACUUUGACGGCUUCCCGAAUGACAGCAACUUUGCUCUCAAGGUGGAGGAGCUCCCUGCGCCCAGAGAUGGAGAGGUGCUUCUGGAAGCAGUGUUUCUCAGCGUGGACCCAUACAUGAGACCAUUUAGUAGGGUUCGCAUGAAUGAAGGCGAUGUGAUGAUUGGAUCUCAAGUGGCCAAAGUGAUUCAAAGUAACAAUCCAGCAUUUCCUGUGGGAAGCCAUGUUGUUGGUCGUUGCGGCUGGAGAAGCCACACGGUCUGUGAUGGGAAGGACCUCAUUCCCAUCAUGCCUAACUGGCCGCAAGACGUGUCGUUGUCCCUGGCUCUGGGUGGCAUCGGCAUGCCUGGACUGACGGCACUGUACGGGAUAGAAGAGGUCUUGGGACUCCAGGAGGGUGAGACCCUGCUGGUGAAUGCUGCAGCGGGGGCGGUGGGCUCCGUGGUGGGCCAGAUUGCCAAGAUCAAGGGCUGUAAGGUGGUGGGUUCAGCGGGAUCUGACGCCAAAGUUGCUUUCCUCAAAGAGCUGGGCUUCGACGUAGCCUUCAACUACAAGACCGUUGGUUCCCUGGAGGAGGCCCUGAAGAAGGCUUCUCCGGACGGAUACGACUGCUUCUUUGAAAACGUGGGAGGCCCUUUUUCAAGUGUUGCCAUACAGCAGAUGAAGAACUUUGGAAGAAUAGCCGUGUGUGGAGCUAUUUCCACAUACAACGACACGAUGCCCCAAACAGGCCCGUACCCCCACCUCACCAUGAUCUUCAAGCAGCUGAAGAUGGAGGGCUUCAUGCAGUCCAGGUGGGAGCACAAGCACCCCGAGUCCUCCAAGAGGCUGCUGGGAUGGUUGAAAGAGGGCAAACUGGUGUGUCGGGAGCACAUCACAAAAGGCUUUGAAAAGAUGCCAGCUGCUUUCAUGGGGAUGCUGCAGGGAGAAAACGUCGGCAAGGCUGUUGUCGCGGUCUGAUGUGGAUCAAUGGAGAAGAAUCAGUAUUAUUCAUAACCGACACAUAGUUACAGAGUUCAUACGUGAAGGACUAUAUACACUAAUAACCAGUUGUUUUCAAAUUAACAUGUCAAUGAAAAAAAUGUGAUUUAUAAUGUUUAGCAUUAGUUUAGGAGUUAUAGUUAGACGGUCCUUUUCAUUCUUUAAAAUUCAGAUGCUAGGUUUGGAUUUCUAUUCAUGGUAAUGAACAUUUUGAUAUAAUGCAUUUAAAGAAUAAAUACAAAAUUAAACAAAUGUACAUGUCACUUUUAAAGAAUCAGGAUUUUAGAGUUAUAAACCAGAAACCUUACUGACAAUUGUUUAACCAAUUCUUUAAAGUUUUGACCAUCAUCCAAAUGACUGUCUCCAUAUUUGAGUGUACACAGCAUCGUCUGGUAGAGAUCAGAGCGCUGUGGGGAAUCCGCGAGGCACAAGGAGGUCGGGUUGCUCUACGAAGACGACACAAGAUUGUCGGUACUUGGAUGUGAUGUGUGAAUCUGCUGCUGAUACAUUUGAACAUUAUUCACUGUAACAAAACAAACCAAGUGCUUUGAAUGAAGUGACAACUUUUGUAUAGGUAAUAAAGU